UUCAUGCCAUUCCUUAGUUCCCCCUUUUCUUCGGAUGAUUUUAGUUUAUUGAUGUCAUACUUGAGUCCCUCUGUUCUGUGGAGGAGUUGAACUUCUGCAUUUUCAAUUCCAUAUUGGGUAUAUGCUCAAAUCAAUGAACCUGAAUUUUGGGGUGUCCUAUUUUAGGAAUGCUACUUGUGAAGAUACUUAUAUACAAGGUUAAUUUUUGGGGAUUUCCAGUGGUAUAAAAGGAAAGAAAAAAUAUGGAUCGACUCAAUGGUUCUGCCAAUCUAAUGAUAGUUUCAGAUCUUGAUUUCACAAUGGUAGAUCAUGAUGAUCCAGAAAAUCUUGCUCUUCUGAGGUUUAAUGCACUAUGGGAAGCUUAUUAUCGUCAGAAUUCUCUGCUAGUUUUCUCCACUGGGAGAUCACCUACUAUUUAUAAAGAGUUAAGAAAGCAGAAACCUUUGUUGACUCCUGAUAUUACAAUAAUGUCUGUGGGAACUGAGAUUACAUAUGGUGAUUCCAUGCUCCCAGAUGAAGGGUGGAAACAGUAUCUGGCUCAUAAUUGGAACAGAGACAUAGUUAUAGAGGAAACAGCCAAGUUUCCUGAACUAAUUUUUCAGUCAGAAACAGAGCAACGGCCUCACAAGGUUAGCUUUUAUUUGGAGAAAGGGAAGGCCUCAACAGUCAUGCAAGCUCUCUCAAAAUGUUUGGAAAAACGUGGGUUAGAUGUGAAAAUAAUUUAUAGCAAUGGUAUUGCUUUGGAUAUAUUACCCCAAGGAGCUGGCAAAGGACGGGCCCUUGCUUUUUUACUUGAAAAAUUUAAAGCUGAUGGACUAGGACCACUCAACACUCUUGUUUGUGGUGAUUCUGGAAAUGAUGCUGAACUAUUCAGCGUACCUGAAGUUUAUGGUGUCAUGGUUAGUAAUGCCCAGGAAGAAUUGGUUCAAGGGUAUGCAGAAAAUGGAAGGGGUAAUCCUCAAAUAAUUCAUGCAACUGAGAGAUGUGCAGCUGGUAUUAUGCAAGCCAUUGAUAACUUCUCUCUUGGUCCAAAUGUGUCUCCAAGAGAUAUUAGAGACUCAAUGUUCAACAGAAAAAUUCCUAGUCCUAGCCAUGAAGUAGUGAUGUUCUACCUAUUUUAUGAGAGAUGGAGGCGUGGAGAAGUUGAGAAUUCUGAGCUGUAUAUACAAAAUCUAAAAUCAACAUUUCAUUCUACGGGAAAUUUUGUCCAUCCCUCAGGAAUUGACCAACCUAUGCACCAAAUUAUAGAUACCUUAGUAAAGCUAUUUGGCGAGAAGCAGGGCCUAGACUUUCGGGUUUGGGUUGAUCGUGUAUCUUUUGCAGAGGUUAGUUUGGGCUCAUGGCUGGUCAAAUUUGACAAGUGGGAGUUAUCAGGGAAUGAGUUACGGUGUUGUUUAACAAAGGUUCUGAUGAAUUCAGAGGCUGAUGCACCUGAUGAGUUUACAUGGAUGCACUUGCAUCAAACUUGGUUGGAUGGUUCAGGAGAAAAGGAUGAUUUACCUUGGUUUAUCUAGAGUACUUAUAGUUUCUUAACCACUUUUGUUAAAAGACUUAUCUGAGAUUUGAGUGAAAAUUGACCACACACACUUGAUAUAUUGAUGUGAGAA